UGUUCUAUUAUGAAAAUAUAAGUGGUAUCAACAUUUUAUAAAACCUGUGUUAAGAAAUGUACAAAAAAGUUUAUCAGUGAUAUUUGCCGGAUAGCAAGUCAGUCAUGUGACUUAUUUAGUGCUAUUGAAGUACGAUAGAAUUAUACGGUAUAUUAAAUUCAAAGAAUCUAAUAUUUUGUUAAAUAGUAUUUUUAAGUGAUUAUAAAUAUAUACUUAAGUUUAAGUAGACGUUUUAAUCAUGGGAAAAAAUAAAAAAAAAUCAGUUCGCAUUGAAAAGGCAGCUAUCAAAAAAGAAAAAAAAAUUGCACAAAGAAUUAAAAAAGACAUUUCAAAAAUUGGAGAACCAGAAGUUUCUGCUAUAGUUGCUCAUAUCGAAGCUAAAAAUAAGGCAAAAAUUAAAGUGACUAAUACUAAAAUUGAAGCUCCAUCACGUCGUUCAAACUUUACAUUUGUUCCUCACCCAAAUAAAGAUGAGAUUAUACUUUUUGGUGGAGAAUAUCAUAAUGGUAAAAAUACAGUUAUGUACAAUGAUUUAAUAUUUUAUAAUAUAAAUAAUAACACAUGGACAAUAACUGAUGCUCCUGGAGCACCCCCACCUCGAUCAUCUCACUCAUGUGUAACUACUGCAUCAGAUAAUGGACAAUUGUGGAUUUUUGGUGGUGAAUUUGCUAGUCCAUCAGAGUACCAAUUUUAUCAUUAUAAUGACUUAUGGGUUUUUAGUCUAAAAACUAAAAAUUGGACCAAAAUAGCUACUGAAGGAGGACCUAGUGCUCGUAGUGGUCACAGAAUGGUUCUCUGUAAACGGCAUCUGAUAGUGUUUGGCGGUUUUCAAGAUAAUACACAUUCAUAUCAGUAUUUUAAUGAUAUUUAUGCAUUUAGUCUCGAAAAUUAUGAAUGGAAAAAAAUUAAAACGACAGGUCAAGGACCUUCACCUAGGUCUGGAUGUCAAAUGUUUCCAAUAGAGGAUGGACGAAUUUUAAUAUAUGGUGGAUAUUUUAAAGAAAAAGUAAAAAAAGAUUGUGACAAAGGAACAAUGUUAAUUGAUAUGUUUAUUCUAACUCCUGAAAAAGGUGUAACAGAUUAUUCAAAUUGUCGUUGGUCAAAAGUAAAACAAACUGGUAAUCUACCAACUGUUCGUUGUAGUUUAUCAAGUACAAUAAUAACUGGUCAUAAUAAAAGUUUUUUAUUUGGAGGAGUUUAUGAUGAAGAAGAAGAAGAAGAUGACCUAAAAAGUAUAUUUUAUAAUGAUUUGUUUAUGUUAGACAUGGAACAAAGUACUCCUACUUGGAAAUUAAUUUCUAUUAAAGAUCUUACUAUAGAAACAGAUACAGUUGCUGAAUUGCCAUCACCAAGAUCUCAUAGUGGCUUAGCUUUCAAACAUAAUAUGUUGUAUGUUUAUGGUGGAAUUAUUGAAAAAGGAUCUAAGUCUCUAGUUCUCAGUGAUUUCUAUUCUAUAGAAGUUUUAGUGAGACAUCAAAUAAAACACGAUGAUGUGAGAAUUCCAUGUCAUUUAUGUAGUUCAACAUUUUUAGAAAAAUAUGAAUUGGUGCAUCACGCUAAAAAAAAACACCAUCUUGCAACGCAUGGAAUUCACGAUAGGAAAUCACGCUGAUUGAGGAACUUUAAUGUCAUGUGGAAAUGAGAACGUUGUCAUACAAUUGAGUACUAGUGGAAUGAUUUGGAAGUGACAUGCAAUUUCUUAUAAUUAUAAUACAGUUAGGAAUAAAUGAACUAAACAAAAACGAUUGGAUGAUUGUACAUCAAAUAAUUUUCAACUAAUAAGUUCAUCGUUGAAAAUAUUUUAUAUUAUAAAAAAAAUUAGGAUAAAUUGAUGGUUAUCAAUAACUUUUAUUUCUGAUAAAAAACAAAUUGAUGAAAAAAUUAAAAGAAUGUUUAGUAAACUUUAAUGCUAUAAAUUUCAAUUUGAGAUUAGAAGUCGCCUAUCAUAUACCCCAUCAGGAUAACACAAAGGAAAUUUGUUAGUUAAAACUAACACUGUGAAAUUAUUUGACGGCAGAAUUAUCGAGGAGAUUGUUAAAAUUGAACUCGAAAAAUUAUAUGACGAGCAUGAAAACUACGCGGGGAAGGGGAGCAAUUACAAAUAUACUCAACUGUCUGCAAACUCGUAUAUCAAUUUGCAAAGCGUUAUAAAAAUAAAAAAUCCGUUAUAAAUUCCCAAAAUAUUGAUAAUUUAUUUUUUAAAAGGAUGGCAUUAACCAAAAAAAUAAAGGUGAAUAACAUUAAUAUUGUCGGUAAUAAUUAUAAAUCAUUAAAACACGACUAUGAUUUUACCGGAAUAAAAUUUCCAACACCUUUGGAUGAAAUUAAAACAUUUGAAAAAAAUAAUUAAAGGACACCUGUUAAUGUUUAAGAGUUGAAGGCUAUAAAAAUUAGCGAUACAAUGAAAUUCGAGCAUUUAGUAUACCCAUUAAAAGUGAUCGAUGAAGAACAAGAGAACCAAUAUAGGUUAAUUACUAUUAUCUAACACUGUUGGUAGUAAUCAUUACGCAUACAUUUCGGUAGAUUGGUUUAAAGUAAGUUAGAUGAACAAAAAUAAUUAAAAAAUUAUUUUUUGUAAAGAUGCUUUUCAGGCUUCAAUUUUAUAGUAAAAAAUAUAAAUUAUAUGAAUUGGAAGCUUUAAAAGAGUAUAAAAAAAAUCUGUGGCGAUUAUAAAAACCUUUUUACUAAAAACACUAACAUUUGUACUUUGUUAUCUAUAUAAUAUGAGCAACUACGAUGUUCAUAUUAAUGUAACUCAAUUAGGAUUAUUUAAAAAUAGCAUUUCGUUAAGACCGUCAAGCGAAGAAAAAUAUAUAAGUUUUUCAAAGUAUGUAUCAAAUAAAGUCAGUGUAAGAUUUAUUGACACGUUCAGAUUUAUAGCCUCUAGUGUAGCUUUACUGACCAAAAAUUUACAUACUGCUGGUAAAAAUCUAUUUGUUAAAACCGCUAAAGUUUUUUCACCGGACGAACUCGAUUUAGUAACAUGGAAAAGAGUGUACCCAUAUUCGUUUACUGAUAAUUUUGACAAGUUAGAUAAUACACAACUACCAGAAAAAAAACUUUUACAAUGAGUUUACAGAAAGUCAUAUUUAUAACGAUGAUUAUGAACAUGCUAAGAAAGUAUGGAAACACUUCUUGAAAAAAAUUGUGUGAAUACUCAUAUUUAUAUUUAAAAACCGAUGUUACAUUAUUAGUGGAUAUUUUCACAAAUUUUAAAAGAUGGUGUUUGGAAUAAUAUAAAUUGGAGGCGUCAUAUUAUCAUACCAUUCCGAGAUUUUCUUUUGAUGCAAUGCUGCUUUAUACAGGUAUAAAUCUUAAACUCUUGACUAUGAAAGACAAAUUUCCAUUUCAAGGGGAAUUAGGAGAGGAUUAACAGCAUAUAAAACAAUAGUUUUCAACGUGAAUUUUAUGUGAUAAGUAAUUUUGUGAAUAAAUUUAAGUUAUAAUACAAUGUAAUUUUCCAUACUUGUUUAGUUUAAGAUAAAAUAAAUAAAU